AUGCUCUCGUCCAACUUCAUCUCCCCUUCCGUCUACGGCGCCCUGCCUGACAUCGAUGACACUUCCGCCCUCCCUGAUGCCACCCUUCAAGCUCUCGGCCAUUUGAUCGUGGCAUUCAAUGUUGAGCAACUUGUUGGCGUAGGUCUCCUUCACAAGCAUUUUGAGCUGGCCCAAGAUACCAUCAUGGUACACAAUGGACAUGUCUGCAAGCCUGAACCCAUCCAAAGUUCCCUCUCCACAACCGGCACUUCGUUCUUUUGGGACGGCAAUAACUUUCAAGCCUUUGAAUACGGACAAGAAGAGCCCUUGGCUCUCCCCAACGACUUCCUUAACGCCUUUGCCAAUCAUCUUGAAUGCUAUCAACUUUCGAGCAAGGUCGCACUCUCUAAGCUUGACGCCAAACAGGCUUCUGGACCAGGUAAAAGGCUAUUGAUGGAACACCUAGAUUUUGCAACCAAGUCGCAUAUCGUCGAGGUAGCCCCUAGCAUCCAACCAAGAGAGGCUACCCAGUGGAUCUUCGAGGGAGGGUUUCCUGUGGUUACACAUGGAUGUGCUCGAACGAGCUGUGGUCAGGGUGAUUAUAUCCACAAGAAAAAGUAG